AUGCCUUCAUCUAAAGAGUUGCAGCCUUUAAAGGCCCCCUUCUUCCCCAACCAAUUCAUCAAGAACCAAUUUCGUUCCAAGCCUCAGUAUCCCCCCAAAGACACUGAUCUGUCAGGGAAGGUUGCUAUUGUGACGGGCUCAAAUACUGGGUUAGGGCUUGAAUGCGCGAGACAAGUUCUCUCCUACAAAAUCUCUCGAUUGAUUCUUGCAGUCCGCACUGCAUCCAAGGGUGAAGAUGCGGCAGUCAAGCUGCGAAAACAACACCCCAAGGCCACAAUCGAAGUAUGGCUGUUGGAUAUGAGCUCAUACGAGUCUGUCCAAGCUUUUGCAACAAGGGCCGAGAAGGAGCUUCCUCGACUGGAUAUUGCUGUCUUGAAUGCUGGUAUCAUCGGGUCGAAAUUCAAGCUCGUUCCCAGCACUGGGCAUGAAGAGGCCUUGCAGGUCAAUUACCUGUCAACGAUUCUCCUUGCCAUCCUCCUGCUCCCUGUUUUGAAAGCAAAGUCAGCAUCUGGCCAACCUGGACGAUUGACAAUUGUCACGAGUAUGCUCUCGAUUACAGCAAAGUUCGCCAAUAAGAACGCCAACCCACUCUUGCCCUCGUUCGAUGACAAGAAAAACUUUGAUUCCAUGGACAAUUAUCCAAAGACGAAGCUACUGGGGCAGCUGUUCCUCUGGAAAUUGACAGACCUGGUUUCAAGUGAUGACGUUAUCAUCAACAUGGUAGAGCCUGGCUUUACUAAAGGCACCGAGCUCCAGCGAGACGCGCCUGUCGCUGUGAAAGCUGCCCUGUACCUACUACAAGCUGUGUCAGCAAGAGAUGUCAAGCUCGCUGCGUCGACAUAUCUUGACGCUGCGAUCAUCAAGGGGAAGGAUUCCCACGGAAGUAUUUUGAUGAAUUGGAAUAUAGCACCGUACGCUCCUUUUCAGUACACGCGAGAGGGACGAGAGGUUAUGGACCGGCUUUGGGAGGAGACUAUGGAAGAGCUUGAGCCCAUGGGUGUGCGCGAAAUUCUAAAGUCUCUCUAA